AGAUACUCUGCAGUGACUUCCUGUCAGCUGUAGCGUUAACCUGAUAUACAGAGUCACUUUUAGAGCUAUCAGAGUUAUUAAAGUUAACAUCAGUCAGAGCAGAAUGGAAAUGAGGGAGGAUAUAUAUGCAAAUUCAGGAAUUACUACAGACGACAGAAGAAAUUUUAAUAGCAGUGAGGCUUUAUAUGAAGACAUGUUUGCCAGUGAGGACAACAUAGAAACUCAUCAGACCUGGAGCAACAAAAGGAACACCGGUACAGUAACUGCAGAGAAUAUACACACUAAAAAUGAUGCGAAGAUGGACGAAACCUCUCACUCACAUACAGUAGAUCCUCAGUACAGAGGAUUCUACAGACUGGCUGCAGUGUGUCUGGGGCUGCUGUGUGUUCUCCUGCUGGUUGCUGUCACAGUGCUGUGGAUCAAGUUACAGGCCAGUAACACCAACCUGACUAUAGAGAGAGACCAGUUACAGACCAGAUACACCACUGUGAUGCAUCAGCUUCAGAAGCAGAGAGAGUGCCUCCAGAACUUUUCUAAUUUGGAGAAGGCAGCACAGCAGGGCUGGACAUUUUUUGAGACCAGUAUGUACUUCAUCUCUACUGGAGGGAAGAAGAGCUGGAGUGAGAGCAGACAGGACUGCAGAGAGAGAGGAGCAGACCUGGUGAUCAUAAACAGCAGAGAAGAACAGAACUUCACUGAAAUACUGAAACGAGGACAUACAAUUUGGAUUGGUCUGACCGACAGUGAGACAGAGGGGGUCUGGAAAUGGGUGGACGGCUCAGCACUGACCACUGGGUUCUGGGGAAGUGGAGAACCCAACAGUAGAGCAGGAGAUGAGGACUGUGUCGUAACUGGACAGAACUGGGCUGAUUAUCCCUGUAGUACCAGGUUUAUGUGGAUUUGUGAGAGAAAUGUUUCUAAAUGUGUGUUAGUAUAAAUGGCACCAAAUACCAGGAAUAUCAGUUUGUUUGGAUCUGUAAGGGAAUAUUUAGCUGAAUGGUCACCAGCAUGUGAGUGAAUAGCACAUUUGUAUUUAAUUAAUAACUGUCACUCUUUUAAUUACAUUUGACCUGUGUGCUUAUUAUUUUUUUAUGGUAGAAGAGAAACAGUGUGGGAAGUCAGGGAUUAACAGUGCUGCAAACUCCUAGAAUCAGAUUUUGAAAACUUUAGAAUUGUGUAAUGAUGUUAGUUUAAAGACGAUAGCAAGUUUGUAAAAAGAUUCUUCAAAUAGCUUUAAAUAUGUCGCAGUAAUGUUUCUGAGAGUUCCGUCUGUCCUGGGAGGUAUUUCACGUAGCGAACUUAUAAAAGCUGAGCUUAUUUGAACUAGCCUAACUUAAUUUAGCCAAACAGGCUCUACAACUAGAAUCCAGGUGAGAUCUGUUUCCGGCAAUUCAAGCCGCAACUUAGGCUCGUGCGCAUGUACCUGAUAUUUAAGCAGCCCAGAGAGUUGAGUGCAGAUACAGAGAUAUGUAAGUUAUUAUUUUUUUUAAAGCAAUCACAGAUGUUUAGCUUGUUUUAGGCAAGUGAAUAAUACUCAAUAACGAAUAAUAUUUACUUAACACUUCUUUCAGGGAGUGAAUCAAUGUCCCUUGUAACUCCACCAUCGAUGUGAUGUUUGAAAGGUCUUUCCACUGUUCAGCCUGCAGUAUUAUCAUCCACACUGCGUGUAAAUGCAUAGGCUGAGUCACAGACUCUCUGUGGGAGACUAAGAGAUGCUACAGGUGGUUAAAUCUGGACUCUAAGUGAUAAAGUGCAGAUUCUCAACAGGAUGUACAAUAAAUAUUAAUAACUCCUCACAGUAGGCCCGAAAAUCUAAAUGCAAGAGUAAGCAAUACUGUUACAAUUACACAGGGAACAGUAACUCAUUUUGGGGUCUUUAAUAUUUUAUCCUGCAUAAACCUUAUUGAAAAAUGUGCCUAAACUAUAUCGACCAAAUCACAAUGAGUUAUUAUACUAUAAAUAUGUCUACUGUUAAUAAAGAAUAUCAUUAUUUUAAACUGUAUUCACUGAUACAGACACCACAGAACUGUACAACAGUACCUUUCAGUAAGAGAAAAAGGGUCAACAGAUCACUACAGUCCCAUAGACACUCUGUGUCAGUGAUCAGAACAAAUAAAUGGAUGUUUAUAUCAAAAG